CAACUUGAAAAAACUUGAAAAAAACUAGCAACAGCAAACAAAAGUUAUAAAAUAGGUUGAUUGGAGGACCAUAAUGUUAUAAUAACAGAGGAUGGCAUCUGGAAAUUCGAGUAAUCCAUCUAAUAAUAUGCAGGCUCACGGAAACGAUCACAAUACAGUAGAGAGUUUGACUGAGGUGUUCAGAUGCUUCAUCUGUAUGGAAAAAUUGAGAGAUGCCAGACUGUGUCCUCAUUGUUCCAAACUCUGCUGCUAUGCCUGCAUACGGAGAUGGCUUACAGAGACGAGAAUGCAGUGUCCACAUUGUAGGGCACCUCUGCACAUGACUGACCUUGUGAACUGUCGCUGGGCGGAGGAAGUGACCCAGCAAUUAGAUCUGCUACAGCACACGAUUCCACCGAAAAACAAGGGAGAGAAUGACAUCUGCAGUGAACACAAGGAGAAGAUUAGUGUGUUCUGUGUGACCUGUAAGAAGUGCAUCUGCCAUCAGUGUGCGCUGUGGGAGGGCAAGCAUUCAGGUCACAUGUUCAAGCCAGUGGACAACGAGUACAAUGAGCAUGUGAGGCAGGUGAUGGAGGAACUGAGUUCAAUCAGGCGUAGAAACAUUGAGCUCAUCAGUCUCAUACAAGACGUGGAGCGAAACAUCGAGAGUGUGAAGACUGCCAAGGAUGAGAGGGUUAGGGAGAUACGGAAUGCUGUCGAGUUGAUGAUAGCCCGCCUCGAGUCACAACUCAAGAGUAAACUGCUCACUCUUAUGGGCCAGCGAGGUCAGCUGACCCAGGAGACGGAGGUCCUGGACACCCUGAUUCAAAAGAUCGAGAGUCAGGUGGCCAACAGCAGCAAGACCGAUCUCAUAGCCAAGAGUGAUGAGUUUCUCACAGUGUUCAGACAGGUAGUGACAAACGUAAUGGAUGUGUGUUAAGUGUUAUCCCAUAUCAGCUUGUGCAGUAUUCACAGGCUAAUCAGAGACAACACUUUCCGCUAAGACUGUGUUUUCUUUUAGAAGAGAUUUUCCUUUAAACAUAAAAUUCCAUAAAAGCGGAAAUUGUCGCCCCUGAUAAGCCUGUGCGGACUGUCUUAGACAUAACACUCAUGCAAGUUCAACCCGAUUGCCAAGAGUGAUGAGUUCCUGACGGCAGGUAGUGACGAGUAAAAUAUGAUGAUGGAAACUAGAUAAGCCUGCUCUGGGAAAACGGGGUUUAUUGGAUGUGCUUAAAGUGUUGUCCCAGAUUAGCCUGUGCAGUCAGCUCAGGCUAAUUUGGGACAACACCAUCGGCAUUUAAUGAAAUUUUCGUAAAGAAAAGACUUUUUUAAAACAAAAAAUCCAUAAAGCGGAAAGUGGCCUCCUUUCAGGAUAAUCUGAGAAAAGACUUUUAGCACAUGCAUU